AACAUCAUGGUGGACAAGAAACCAAAAUAUUGAUUUUGACAGCACAAAAUCUGUAUUUAUUGCGUUUAGAAUACCUUCCAUUUCCAGUGAAAGACGUGAAUUUUGUUCCUUAAUAUGCCACAUUUGAAAGAAGAACGGAAAACCCAGCCUUUGUGGAAAGAAUGGGAUUACAAGGCUCAAAAGAAGGGCGUGAGACACACAGUGUAUUCUGUCAAUGGAGAUGAAUACACUGGAGAGUGGCUGGAUAACAAGAAGGAUGGCAAAGGUACUUACAAGUGGAAGGAUAAUGGUGCAAUAUUUGAUGGUGACUGGCGUAAAGGAAAGCGACAUGGCUUUGGAACAUACAGUAUUCCAGUUGCACCUGGUCAAUAUAAAAAACAAUACUCGGGAGGAUGGAAGAAUGACAUGAGACAUGGUUAUGGCACACAGUUUUUCAAAGAUGAUGAGUACUAUGAAGGCGAAUGGUAUGCUGACAAGAGAUGUGGAUGGGGUAGGAUGUAUUUCUCAGAUGGCUCUAUUUAUGAAGGAGAGUGGUAUGAUCACCAACGAAAUGGCCAAGGAAUGCUUAGAUUACCAAAUGAAAACCGUUAUGAAGGCUCAUGGAAGAAUGAUAUGAAGAAUGGCCCUGGUAAAUUCUAUUAUUUGGACAAAGGUCAACUGUACGAGGGCACCUGGUUAAAUGACAUUCCUAAAUGUGGUGAGAUGAUAGACUUUGGUAGAGAAGGAGCACCAAACCCAACACAAUAUCCGCUUCAUGAAAUUAAAUUAAAAGAUCCUGAAGAGGUUUUAGCUGAAGCUGAGGAAAGGUUUAUGCAGGAGCUAGACUAAGAUCAAUCAAAGCAUUUUCUCUGAAUGAUCAACUUCAUUGUCUGGUCGAUUUUAAAAAAGAAGAAAAAAUAGCAUGUAAAAAAGUGUUAGAUCGUUUUGUACUGACAGUAUCUAAAAAAAUGAAAUUUGGAAUAGUAUGGCCCAUCUUCUCCUUUAACAGAAGUAGGGAAAAUGAACUACCAAGUGAGUUUUAUGAAAUCAGGAUGUGACAGGACCUUUUACAUCCCUGUCAGUAUUGAGUGAAAAGGCUGUGAUAAAGCAUUCCUUUGUUGGAAAUUUCAUAAAAUUUAAUCUAAGUUGAAAAAGGGAUCACAUUUUUUAUAGUCAAAUCAUGUUAGCAGUGUGUUUGGGAUUACUUAUCAAGAUGCUGUUCAUUGGUAGGAAUUGACAUCUAAUUAUGUGAUACCCACAUGUUUAUCAAUAAUAAACUGGUAGAAUAAGUUAUCUUCAGUUUCUAUCAUAAUUAUGCCAAAUACAACAUAUAAGAUCAGUUUCCUUUUAGCAGUUUUCUAGGAGAUUGUACAAUACUUUCUACUCAAGAGAUAUACUCUUUCAUUUUUGAGAGCUGUGAAGUCAGAUCGUAAUUAUAAGCUCUUGAAAGCAACUGCAGCACUGUCUUUCUUAACUUGAAAAAACACAGAUUUUUGUCGGUCUUUAGACAUAUGACUGUCAGUGUUAACUUGACAUGAAUCAAAAUCAUCAGAUAAUGGUGUAAGAAAUGUAUUGAUGUAUUUAUGUAUAAAGGUGUUGUAAAUAGACAAACAAGACAAAUAAAUAU